AUGGACGAGGUCACACCUCAGCAAGUCGUUCAUUCGAGAACCUUGUCCGGUCACAAAAGACAAAGCUCAAGGGCCUCGGUACCAGAAACGAUGCCGCCGCCGCCAGUAGAUGAUGUCUUGUGGUCGCCCGCACCCUCAUUUGGCGCGCGAUCUACACGCUCACUGUCCACGACGUCUCGGAACUCAAACAGACUCUCACUGACCUUGCCAAUCGCACCGCCGUCAAACUCUCCGUCACGUCCAACUCCGAUCAACACGAAUGCCCCUUCCUUUCCCCCAACUCCCAAGGACACUCCUCUUGUUCGGUCCCCCACAGAUGCCAACGACUUCAUUCACGCCAUUGCUGCCCAAGAGAGACGUGUAUUGGAAAUCCGCGAAGACCUGAAAAACGCGGAGGCGGAAUUGACACGACUCAAGAAGCAGUGGGGCGCGUUCGACUCGGUCAGAAAACGCAACGCCAUGGUCAAUGGAGAACCGUUGCGAUCAACCCAUUCUGUGCACAACUCACCUGCUACUGAUGAUGUUGAGGCUACGCGGCGGAGUAUCGAGCUGGACCGGAGGAGGACGAUGAUGAUGAGCCAGCAGCUCAACAAGGAGGGCACGCCUAACUCGGGCAGACGGCGCGUCAUCCGCGGCGGGCACACUCGGGCUCUGUCUCUUCUGUCACCCACGAAGCCGCAGGAAUUCCAUCUACUCGACCUUGACGACCCGCUAGACGCUCAUAAACCGCCAGUAAAGGAUUCCGAGCCUCACCUUCAACAUCUUGGCCGGUCAUCGCCCAUCACGGUGGCUCAGCUGAACAAGCGCGCGUCUUGGGCGCCUCGCUCGGCGAGUCCCAAUUCCAACAACGGCGUGAAGCAGAUGGCGGAGGACUUCAAAGCAGGCCUGUGGACUUUCGUGGAUGAUUUGCGCCAGGUUGCUGUUGGAGAUGAGCCCAUCAACGGGGGAGGGAUUCAACGUAGGGGUUCCAACAGAAUGAGUGACAGCGACAAGGAUGGUGACACGAUCCGAGCUUCCGUCACCCCUGCGCGGCCGCGCCUGAGUAGCGCAUUCAGCGACGUUACCCCCACUCCCACGUCGCGGUUCAUGGACCCCCUCAAAGAAUCGGAUACGGCCAACCUAGGACGGCCAAGACGGACCAACUCCAAGCGCACGAAACACUUCUCCUGGACGCCCCUCAGCGUGGAUUCAUUCGACGACAGCGACUGGUCGAACUGGGACAGCCCGGUGUCUUCCUCGCCCCGAUGGAGCGGCACGACCGUCAACGGCGACAUGAUCACGCCAAUCCCUGAAAAGGGCGACGAAAACGACCCGCCACUCAAGAACGAGACCGCGGCAUCGAGCGACUGCGAGCCUCCCGUCUCCCCUUCGCCAUCAGCACUAAAGCUGGAGGAGCUGUCGCUGAGUGUUCUCAACAAGCUGAGGAGCCUCGGGGAGCCUGUGACUCCUCUUAAGAACAAGGCAUGUUAG